CAGAAUUUCUCUUUUACAACCUAAGCAAGACCUGGAGCACCUCGGAGCUGAGACCCGCAGUUCACCACACCACCUGCCUUAGCCCUAGGCUCAUCUUUUCAUCCCACCCACCCCCUUCUCUAUUCACGGAGUCCUGGGUGGCUGCGACCUGCGUAGAUGAUUUAACAGACUGCCCCUGCUCCUGCUCCUGCUCCUCCUCCUCUUCCCUGUUCUCUCGCCUCCUCUUCCAGUCUGGGCGCCCAGACUCGGCGGAGCGCAGCGCCUGCCAACCGCGGUGCCUCGGGCCGCCCGGCGCCCCGCGCUCCCGGGUUCUUUCUCGCCGCAGCCCGGCGGCCACUGGCACAAACAAGGACGCUGGCGGGGAGAACGCCCCGAGCUCAGCGUACCCCAGAAUCGAGUGCUGAGAGAAGCAGUGCUUUGAUCCAGUUCAGAAGGAAAAGGAGCGGGUUCCGAGUGAGACUUCUGCAGCCAGCGGGACGCCCCAGUUGGCCCAGUGCGGCGCGGCUGCACGCACCGUCCACAAGGAACCCUCACUCAGAAGAAAUGCUGUGGCAUUUACCAACAGAAAAUGGAACACAAGAGACCACAUAGCUGAACAAAUUAUAGCCUCCUUACAAGUGAGAAACCUUCAAGGCUACCUUCAGUAGUUUCCAGCUGAAGGGAAGUAACCAACAGCUUCUCCACAGUGUAGACUGAAACAGGGGAAACAUGAACAUCACAAACUGUACGACAGAAGCCAGCGUGGCUGUAAGACCCAAGACCAUCACUGAGAAGAUGCUCAUUUGCAUGACUCUGGUGGUCAUCACCACCCUUACCACGUUGCUGAACUUGGCUGUGAUCAUGGCCAUCUGCACCACCAAGAAGCUCCACCAGCCUGCAAACUACUUAAUCUGUUCUCUGGCCGUGACAGACCUCCUGGUGGCGGUGCUCGUCAUGCCCCUGAGCAUCAUGUACAUUGUCAUGGACCGCUGGAAGCUUGGAUACUUCCUCUGUGAGGUGUGGCUGAGUGUGGACAUGACCUGCUGCACCUGCUCCAUCCUCCACCUCUGUGUCAUUGCCCUGGACAGGUACUGGGCCAUCACCAAUGCUAUUGAAUAUGCCAGGAAGAGGACAGCCAAAAGGGCCGCACUGAUGAUCCUCACUGUCUGGACUAUCUCCAUCUUCAUCUCCAUGCCCCCUCUGUUCUGGAGGAGCCACCGCCGCCUAAGCCCUCCCCCUAGUCAGUGCACCAUCCAGCACGACCAUGUCAUCUACACCAUUUACUCCACGCUGGGCGCGUUUUAUAUCCCCUUGACUUUGAUACUGAUUCUCUAUUACCGGAUUUACCAUGCAGCCAAGAGCCUUUACCAGAAAAGGGGAUCAAGUCGGCACUUAAGCAACAGAAGCACAGAUAGCCAGAAUUCUUUUGCAAGUUGUAAACUUACACAGACUUUCUGUGUGUCUGACUUCUCCACCUCAGACCCUACCAUAGAGUUUGAAAAGUUCCAUGCCUCUAUCAGGAUCCCACCCUUCGACAAUGAUCUGGAUCACCCGGGAGAACGCCAGCAGAUCUCUAGCACCAGGGAACGGAAGGCAGCACGCAUCCUGGGGCUGAUUCUGGGUGCAUUCAUUUUGUCCUGGCUGCCAUUUUUCAUCAAAGAGUUGAUUGUGGGUCUGAGCAUCCACACCGUGUCCUCAGAAGUGGCCGACUUUCUGACAUGGCUCGGUUAUGUUAAUUCUCUGAUCAACCCUCUGCUCUACACAAGUUUUAAUGAAGACUUUAAGCUGGCUUUUAAAAAGCUCAUUAGGUGCCGAGAGCAUACUUAGACUGUAAAAAGCUAAAAGGCACGACUUUUGCCAGAGCCUCGUGAGUGGACAGGGGUAAGGGGUGCAACUUAUUAAUUCUUGAACAUACUUGGUUCAGGAGAGUUUGUAAGUAUGUGUGGUUCUGUUUUCUUAUUUGUUUUGUUCUGUUUUGUUUGAGGCUUGUUGUUUGGUGUGCUGUUUUCUACCUCUGGUCUUAUCUGUGGUACAUAAUUUCAAAUAAACAUGAUACAAAAACAGAACUUUUGUAGAAAUAAUAGUAAGAUGAAAUAGUAAAUACUUUUUAUGGAUUUUUUUAGCCAUUUCAGUUACCCUGCAAUUAAAGAAUGCCAAAAAAUAUCUUUAUUUGCAGAAUUUCUUAUUACUUAUAAAUUAAAUACCUGAUAAUGCCCUAUAUGGCAUUAAACCUGAGAUUAUGGCUCUAUCUGCAUACAUAUUCCAGUGGGAAUUGCAUGACUACAUAAAGAAUAAAAAGAAAGUGAUGUGCUGUCAUCUGCUGCUUGCAGACCUGAGCUAAAAUCGUUUACUGUAGCACUGUGACUACAUAGCCUAUUCCUUUCAGGUAAAAAUAGCACAGCUGGCUUGUCCUUUUUAGUUCAUGAUUAAAUAAACUUCCUCAUUUUCUAAAAUGAAAAUACCUGGAAUAAAUGCACUGGCACUUUUCUAAGUCUUUGACGAUGAAUAUGAAACAUAAGCAAAUAAUAAAUCAUCUAAAUCUACUUUGGUCAGUGUGCUGCGGUAUUACCUGAUAGACACAUUGGGCCUCCUCCAAUUCUAAAAUGUAUCCCAGCUAAGCUUCCCAUAUACACUUUCACUGCAGCAGGACUCAGGUGGGAGUACAUAUCAAAUUUGGAAAACUUUUUAAUAAGCUUCAUGAGGUGCAGUGAUCAAAUGAGAGAAUAUAUUAUCUGAAUAACUUUGUUGGAGAAUUUUACUCAUUAAAUUACCAGUUGUGGCCAGGCGUGGUGGCUCACACGCCUGUGUGUGAGCCUAUAAUCCCAACACUUUGGGAGGCCAAGGUAGGUGGAUCACCUAAGGCCAGGAGUUCAAGACUGCCUGGCCAACAGAGUGAAACCCCAUCUGUACUAAAAAAGCAAAAAUUAGCCAGGCAGUGAGCGGAGAUAGCACCACUGCACUACAGCCUGGGCAACAGAGUGAGACUCUGUCUCAAAAAAAAAAAAACAUUACCAGUUGUGCUCUUAGUAAAAGUUGAAAAUCUGUGUUUACAGCAAUGGCCACACAACGGUAUAUGAGAAUGAAAUUGCAUCUCCCAGAAUCCCUGUGGCUUCCAUGCCAGACUGUACUCUGGUGUCAAGAGGCUGCAGAUGGGAUCUGAGGCCAUGGGUGUGGCCUGAGAAGGAGUGACCUUUCUAGUCACAUGGAGGAGUAAACCCUUACAAAGUCAAGAGUGAUGGCAGGAGGACGGAAAAUUUGCACAUUCUUGCAUACCCCUGAGAACAGUCACCCCUCACAGUAGGUGACUGCUCUCAUCCUCUGCUCCUAGUCUCUCAUGCACAGCCUUUCCCCAUCUCUUCACUCUUCUUCAUAGUGAAAAGACCAGUUUGCUUUCUCUCCACCUCUGUGAUUUUAGUCCUUCUAUCUAUCCUGUCUUAACCUUUCUAGAAUCCUGCUUCUUACACCCAACCUCUCUCUGCACCUUCCUUUCUCCCUCACCAUCCCAACACUUUUCCUCCCUAAUCUUCUUUAAUCUCACCUAUUACUUUGCUCAAGUUUCUUGGACACAGAAAUCAACUUUCUCUGGCCCUACUUCCCCAUCAAGCUCCUACUUUAUCUCUCCCUUAAUUCUCUCACCUAGGUUUCUCCAGUCAUUAAUCCACUCAUUCUGCCUCCACUUCUCACCUUCUACUGACUUUUCUAUCCUUUUCCAUCUGAGUAUACCCUAGUUCUCCCCAAACUGAUCUCCCACAGAUCACUAGAGACUUGGCAGUCGUCCUUUCCAGAUUCUCUACCUUCAUUCUCUCAUCAAUUACAACAGCUAACCAUCCUCUUCUUGUUUAAGCCCAUACCUUCCAGGAUAUUUUGCUCUCCUGGUUCUCCAGCUACCUUCUGUCUCAUUAUUCUUUGUCCCUUUCCUUGCUCCUGGGGCUUUGUCCUCAGAAAUCACAUCCUAUAUCUCCAAUUCCAUCCCAAUUUCUGCCAUUUCAACAAUUAGUUUCAUACCUUUGGCUCCUAGGUUUGUGACUUUAGUCCUGAUCUUUCUCUUUCUCGAACUCCAGACCCAUGAGUUCCGUCUGGUGAGCCUCUCCCUAUGAAUAUUUAUUUCUUUGGUACCUCAAACACAGCCUUUCUAUACUGAACUCAAGAAAAUUUUCCGGCACUCAAGCUUUCUUUUCUUUCUACCUUCUCGGUCUCAGAUAACAGAAUUACCAUGCUUUUUAUCAUUCCUAUCAGAUGAAUGUAAUUCUCUCUCUUUGCUUCAGGUCUCCAACAUCCAGAUAGUCCAACGUUGUGUCCAUUUACCUCUACUACAGAAACAUGUGUUUAUGCCACCUUGCUGUCCAAUAAGUUGGUCCUCUCCCCCAACCAAAUCUUAUUUGGUCCACCUGCCUUUGGAUUCUCCCACCUGCAGCUUGGCCCCCACACCUCUCCCAGUGUGAGUUUCUCACUGAGGCAUCUCCAGACUAGUAGUAUUAGCAUCACCUGAGAACUUGUUAGAACUGCAAAGUCAAGGGCCCCAUUCAAGGCCUACUGAGUCAAAAAAUUAAGAGUGGAGACCAUUAAUCUCUGUUUUAAGAAGGCAUCCAGGAGAUUCUGAACAAGGUAAAGUUUGAGUCACUGUUUAAGAGCAUAUGGUCGAUUUUUAGUUGCAUUGUUCAAAAUCCUUUGCUCUUUCCCUAUCAAUGAAAAAUAAAUUAAUAUUCUGUAGUGCAGCAUUCAAGUCCCCUUACUAUGUGUCCCCAAACUAUCUUUGCAGAGUUAUAUCUCACCACUUCUUCUCACCUACUUCAUGCUCCAGAAAAAUGUAUUACCUAUGCUUCCUCAACUCCCCUAACAUUUGAUCUCAUUGCUUUAGAAACCUCACCUCCAUGGCUUCACAUCUUUCUUCCACCAAUUUUUCAUAGGUAGCUCAAAUGCAAUCUCUUCCUGAGAUACUUCUUCCUUCGCUGUCCCUAUGGAAGUCCUCUCUCCCAGCUCUGUGCUCCUAUAUAACUCACUUGUAUCUCUAAUAUUAUAUGCAUCCUAUCUCCUAGUGCAUGUGUUUGUGUAUUUGUGCUGUCCUCCCUAGUAGACUGUGAGCUCCUUGAGGGCAGUGACUGUGUCUGUUUCCUCUCUUUAUCUCUAGGGACUCCUACAGUGUUUUACACACAGUCAGCACUCAAUAUCUGUUGAUGUGAAUGAAAUUAAGUCCCUGGAAGAGAAAAUAUAAAUGUGCCAUCUUUUCUUAGUGAGAAAACAAAACUUCCAAAAAUCCCAUGGUGGGAUACUGACCUUUUCUUCCCAAAGCUUACCUCGACAUAGGUUUGUUUUGAAAAAUUCUGGGAAAAACUUAUAUAUGGAAAGAAAAUAAAUUUCUUAUUUGAAUAUAAA